GCUACCAUGCUGCCACCACCAUAACAGCGUCAUCGCCCGUCCGCCCACUCCAUGGCAGCGCCUGCCACCGUAACGCGCCUCAAGUCAUCGUCACGGUAUCUCAUGUCCACCGAAUCGCGUAUUUGCGACACCUCCUCGAUUGAUUCGCGCCGGGCGUCAUAGCGAAGCGAGUCCGCGGAGCAAGAAGAACGCGCUACAUCAUCCUCGAACUUCCACCACAACGACAGCCAAAUGGCGACUCCGGCGACUGGAACACCGCAGAAUGGCUUGCAGCGGCGGUUCAAGGGAUGCUCCAAGAUCGGCGAGUAUGAGAUGCUGCAGAAGCUCGGAGAAGGAACUUUUGGUGAAGUUCACAAAGCGCGCCAACGAAGCUCGGGUAAUGUCUUCGCGCUGAAGAAGAUCUUGAUGCAUAACGAGAAGGACGGCUUCCCAAUCACCGCGUUACGAGAGAUAAAGCUGCUGAAGAUGCUGUCUCACGACAAUGUCCUGAAGCUGGAAGAGAUGGCAGUCGAACGACCAAGGGCUGAAGGGCGUAAGCGGGCCAUUCUGUACAUGGUCACGCCGUACAUGGACCACGAUCUGUCAGGUCUCCUCGACAAUCCGGACGUCAAGUUCCAGGAAGCGCAGAUCAAGUGCUACAUGCUGCAGUUGUUCAAGGGAUUGCGCUAUCUGCACGACAACCACAUCCUUCACCGAGAUAUGAAGGCCGCCAACUUGCUCAUCAACAACCGUGGGCGACUCCAGAUUGCAGACUUCGGUCUGGCAAGACAUUAUGACGAACCAGUACCACAGCGAGGAAAGGGCAACGGCGAGGCUCGAAGAGAAUAUACAACACUAGUCGUCACAAGAUGGUACCGGCCGCCAGAGCUUCUGCUCCAGCUUAGGAGAUACACCCCCGCAAUAGAUAUGUGGGGCGCUGGGUGUGUCUUCGGCGAGAUGUUCAAGCGCAAGCCUAUCCUUACCGGGCAGAGCGACCUUCACCAAGCACAGAUCAUCUUCGAGCUCGUAGGCUCACCGAACGACCAGAGCAUGCCCGGCUGGCACGACCUACCUGGCGCUGAGCCAAUCCGCCAAUUUCCGCCCAGUAACGGUACUAUGGCACAAAGAUUCCGCGAGCUUUCGCCUACGGGUCUUUCUCUGAUCAAGGAUCUUAUGAGACUAGACUGGCGGCGACGCAUCAACGCGAUCGACGCAAUUGACCACCCUUACUUCAAGGAGAACCCUAAGCCCAUGCGCGAAGAAGACAUUCCUACGUUCGCCGACUCGCACGAACUCGAUCGUCGCAAUGCUCGAGGGCAAAAGCAGGCAUUACCACCAGCACCCGCAGGCGGCACCGUUGGCGUUGGACCAAACGGAGAAUGGACCGGCUCUGGCCCACCACCGAACUCAUGGGGUAACGGCGAUAGACGGUAUGGCGGACCUCAGGACCGCGGGCCACCAGGUGUCGACCGCCCACCAAGAGGAUACAACGACCGUGGCCCGCCACGAUAUGACCAUAGACCACCCCCACCUCCUCCACUGGAAGGCGGCAGACGACCAAACUGGGGCAACGGCGGCAACCUGCCACCUCCACCAGGCGAAGGUCGACACCCACUGCCCCUACCGCCACGCUACGGCCCAGACGGCGGCGAUCGAAGGAGGAAUCAGCCUCCAUCUGGCGACACGUACAUACCCAGCUACCAAGGUGGAGAACGCCCUCGAGGAUCACGCGAACCAGAUGAACGACAACAAAGACGCGGAUCACGAGACUCAGCCAACUCGCGGGACGGUUACACAGACGAGCGCAGACCAUACCGCGACGACAGACGGCCUGGCGACUCGAGAGGGGUUGCAAGAGAUCGAAGAGAUGGAAGAACGCGAUCGCGUAGUCCGGAUCGCAGAGGUGACAGAGAUGGGAGGGACAACAGAGAGAAUAGGGGGAGAAACGAUGAUAUCUACAGGAGACGGUAGGACUGGUAUCCUUGAAGGACCGAAGAGGGUGUUGAGGAGGGGCUCUCUUAUGAAUAUAUGCAGUAUGGCGUGGCGUCUAUAGUUUCAGUAUGAUCAUGGACGCACGAUACCUUAGAGACGGCGUUUGAUGGAUUUAAGAGCAUUUGCACGGCGUUGAUGGUGCGCGGCUACGCGGUGUAGCGAUAGUAUAUGUAGUUUGAGCGAAUGGACAUUGUUACUUGCAAG